CUUUUCCUCAGCAUUCGUUCGUCUCUUCUCGUCCCUUCUCUCGUGGCUUCUGUUUGUUUUUUCCUACCUCUUACUUCUACCUUCCUUUCACUUUUCCUCUUCCUUCUUUAUAUCCCCGUGCUCUCUUUAAAUUCUCGCCCACCAUGUCUGGUGUUCAACCUGUUGCCGUCUAUGCGCUCAAGGUGCCUGCUGGAGGUGCCCUUAUUCCCGCAGUGCCCGAUGCUGCGGCCAUGUUCCGUGUGAGCAUGGCUGCCAUCGAUCCUGACGAGGAACCUGACUUCGAUGGACACGAUACCAACCAGCGCCCCAGAGCCACCCUCAGGAUCGUGCGCGCUCCCCCCGGACUGGACCUUGAGGACGACUCGGACGAGGACUACGAGGAUGUGGACUCUGAUGAAGAUUCUGAUGAUGAGGAAGUCAAUGGCGGUCCCAGUGACAAGGAGAAGGCUCGCAAGCUCAAGGAGCUUGCCGCUCUUAAGGAAAUGGAGGAAGCCAUGGACGAAGAUGACGAGGACGAGGAUGAUGAGGAUGGAGAGUUCGACCUGCAGGCUGCUAUCUCUAAGCUCGUCAAGGGCAAGGGCCCUGCUACUGAUGACGACGAGGACGACGAGGACGAUGAGGGCCUGGAACUCGAUGAGAUGGUCGUCUGUACCUUGGAUACCGAGAAGAACCUCCAGCAGCCUUUGGACAUCACCGUCUCUGAGGAUGAGCGUGUCUUCUUCAAGGUCACCGGUACCCACACUGUUUACCUGACCGGAAACUACGUCAUGCCCACCGACGAGGGCCGUCAUUUCCACGAUGAGGAUGAAGAAGAUGAGGAAGACUAUGACCUUUCCCCCGACGAGGAUGAGUUGGAUCUUGAGGCCCUCAUGGGCGAAGACGAUGAGAGCGAUGACCUUGAUGACCUCGAGAACCCCAGAAUCACCGAGGUUGACAGCGAGGAGGAAGCCCCCAAGCUUGUUGACACCAAGGGAAAGAACAAGCGCUCUGCCCCCGCCGAUGAGGAGAAGCCCGCCAAGCAGGCCAACGGUGAGGAAACCUUGAGCAAGAAGCAGCAGAAGAAGCUUAAGAAGAACAACGGUGACGCUGCUGCUGUUGAGAAGAAGGAGACCAAGGAAGGAAAGGAGGCCAAGAAGGUCCAGUUCGCCAAGAACCUUGAGCAGGGCCCUACCCCCUCCGGCCAGGACAAGAAGCCCGCCGAGCAGACCACUGGCACCCUUGGUGUCAAGGAGAUUAAGGGCGUCAAGAUUGAUGACAAGAAGCUUGGAAAGGGACCUGCCGCCAAGGCCGGUAACACUGUUGCCAUGAGAUACAUUGGAAAGCUCGAGGACGGCAAGGUCUUCGAUGCCAACAAGAAGGGCAAGCCUUUCAGCUUCAAGCUCGGCAAGGGCGAGGUGAUCAAGGGCUGGGACAUUGGUGUUGCUGGUAUGGCCGUUGGUGGUGAGCGUCGCAUUUCGAUCCCUCCUCAUCUGGCCUAUGGCAAGAAGGCUCUCCCCGGCAUCCCGGGCAACUCUAAGUUGAUCUUCGAUGUCAAGCUUCUUGAGAUCAAAUAGACGCUUCGCCAUUUCUAUGUAUUCGGUUGCAUAUUAGCUUGAUGUUUGGGUAUCACGGUGGCAGUGUUGUCCAUAUGGAUGUUUCUUUCCUAUCUUCAUGCUGUUAAAAAAUGGUGUUUUAGGGGCUUCAAAUUUCAGUUUAAUCCAUUUAUCUCAUUUGGUACUGUUUUCCAUUGUGAUAUCCGACUUGUUUCCUUGCACUCUUGUGCAUGUAUACCGAGGGAUGAGGAUAUUACAAAUAGUUUGCGUAUUUUCUUCAAUAGACCAGCAAAAGAGAAUGGUAUGAUUCUCA